UUUUAUUUAUAAAUUAACAAUUGAAUUUUUCAAGUGUUGGACAAAUUUUUUUGUUUAAAUAAUGGACUUUUAUAUCGAUUGGAAAUUAUGUUUUAUCGUCCUGGGUGCAUUGGCACAAUUUUCGAUUGCAGCUCCGAACGACUAUGAUUUUUUAUUAUUUGCCCAACAAUGGCCAAUGACAACGUGCAUCCAAAAUGGAAGACAACGGAAUAAUUGUAAUAUUCCCCAUAAUGAUUGGACGGUGCAUGGAAUUUGGCCAUCAAAAAAUGUGCCGGAAAGAGGUCCUGAAGAUUGUGAUAAUAGCAAUCGACUUAGAGUGCAAAAUUUGGCAAAUAUACGACCACAACUUGAAACAAGAUGGUUAAAUGUUCUCAAUAAUAAUGCAGAGGGUUUUUGGAGUUGGGAAUGGAAAAACCACGGAACAUGUUCAUUGGAUUUGCCAGCACUGAAUUCGCAAAAUAAAUAUUUUAGUCAAGGAUUAACGUGGAACAAUGAUUACGUGAUUGGAACUAUUCUUAAUAAUGGUAAUAUUAGACCUGGAGGAAUUUAUACUUUGCAGAAUAUUCAACGUGCUCUUAGAGCAGGUUUAAAUAAUGUUACACCACAAGUCUCCUGUUUUAGGGAUAAGAGUGGAACAAGACAAUUCUUACAUGAAAUAAGAAUUUGUCUUAGUAAAAGUUUACAAUUAAUUAACUGUGCUGGACACGUGUCGGAGACAAAUUGCAAUCGUCGAUUGGAUAUCGAAUAUCCCGCAUGAUUAAGACUGCCAAUAAUUUAAAUCUUUCGAUUUCUUGUUUCCAUUUCUAUUCAAAUUAUAAGAAGAAAAUAUCAACGAGAAGAUUAAUUUUUUUUGAAACAAGUAAUUUUUUUUACCUUAUUUAUAUUUAUUUAAAGAAAUUGAAGAAACAAUGUUAAGCAUAGCAAUAAAAAAAAAAUAUGAAAGUACAUUAUUAAUACCUAAAAAUCUUAA